UGGUGGGCUUAUUGAGUUGGGGUUCUUUACAUAUAUCCUGGAGUUUUUCAUCUGGCACAGGUUUUGUGAAUAUUUUCUCAUAGUUGUGCCUGUUAAGUCUCUCUCAAAGAGCAGGUGUUUCCAAUUUUGAUAAGGUCCCAUUUAUCCAUUUUUUUCUUACAUGGCUUUUUUUCUCAUGUCGGAGAAGUAUUUGCCUGCCCUCGGGUUCUGAAGUUGUUCCUGUUUUGUUUUGUUUUGUUUUUUUCCCCUGGUACUUCUUUAGGCUUAAGUUUUAUGUUCAAGUCAAUACAGGGUUUUGAGCCACAAGCUGAUAUAACCUGGGGACAUAUGUGGGGAUGGUAUGAGGUCACAUGAUCGUAUAUAUAAUCUCGGAUCACAGAAUGCGAAGGAGCAAGUUGAGGCUUCGGACCAACAGAAGCCAGGAAGGAAGGGUCCUGCCUCCUGCCAGUCAUGUCCAAGCUGGUCCCCUGCUUGCUCUUCCUAGGAUGCUUAGGUCCCCUCUUCGCUCUUCCCGUCCCUGACUCCAGGAAAGAGCCCCUGCCCUUCUCAGCACCUGAAGAUGUCAGAUCAGCUUGGGACGAGCUGGAAAGAGCCUCCCUUCUUCAGAUGCUGCCAGAGACGCCAGGUGCAGAGGCAGGAGAGGAUCUUAGGGAAGCAGAUGCCGGAAUGGACAUUUUUUACCCAAGAGGAGGAAUGAGAAAGGCUUUCUCUGGACAAGAUCCUAACAUUUUUCUGAGUCACCUUUUGGCCAGAAUCAAGAAACCAUACAAGAAACGUGGGCCCACCUCUGAAUGCUUCUGGAAAUACUGUGUCUGAAGUCACCUCAACAACAACCAUCUUAGAAAAUGUAAAAAAACGUGCUUGACUUGACAGCAGUGCAGAUGAAAAACCAGGCAAACCCUACUCUGUUCACUAUUAUUUGGAAAAUAAACCCUUUGUGUUUGGCAA